ACUGCCCGGCCGAAGCCCAGUUAGUCAGCCCAUUGAUGCCGAGCAGGAGGAGCUAGCCGAGCCUGCCUCUCGCCGCCGCUCCCUUCCGCCUCCAUCCUCCAGCCGCGGCAGCGCGCGUCGGCGUCUCUCGUUCCACUGCGAUACAGCUGGGGUGGUGGUGGAGGAUGGCGAAGGCCGGCGGGGGGCUGAUCUGGGCGACGGCGGAGGACCUGGCGCGGAGCCGGCCGGUGGUGCUGUCCAUGUACCGGCAGAUCCUGCGGGCGCUCAACUCGCCGGCGCUGCCGCUGGGCCACGCGGCGCGGCUGGCCAAGAAGGCCGAGUGCCGCGCCAUCUUCAUCUUCGGUGCCGAGGAGAGGUCGCUGCACAACAUCCAGGACCUCCUCGACGCCGCGCGCCACACCCUCGGCCUCCUCAACCGCGGCCGCCUCCCCUAGAGACGAAGCCCUAGCCUCGCGGGUACCUCGUCUCUUCACUGUUUCCUUUUAGCCUAUGUUCGAAUAGUCGAUUGUAAUGUAGUACGGCAUUAAUCUGGUGCCAUCUUUUUUUCAAUUGAAGACCAUUGUGCUGCCGAGUUGUUCCUCUAUGUAUA